AUGGCCCCCAAUGUUUCACCAUUCGGGACAUGGGAGUCACCAAUCAGCGCAGCGUACGUUGCGAAAGCGGGGAUCUCAUACGACGAUGUACUCGUUGACCCGAUUGCUUCUCGUGUACAUCCCAAUGCCAACGGAAUCUAUCACAUCGAGAAGCGGCCCUCAGAGGCUGGGCGUAACGUUAUCGUAGAAACGGCAACGAAGAAAGAUGUUCUUGGAAAAAGCUGGAAUUCACGGUCUGGUGUGCAGGAGUAUGGUGGUGCAAGCGCGAUUGUGUACGGUGGGGUUGUGUAUUUUUCGAACUUUGGAGAUGGAAGGGUAUACAAGGUCGACCGAAAUGACGAGGGCAAUGAACCUGUUCCGGUGACUCCAGAAAGCAAGAACCAUCGAUUUGCCAACUUCGCCGCUCACCCAACUGUUCCACAUUUGCUUGUUUCUAUUCUUGAAGACCAUACGAAUCCCGCACCCGCAGACGUCAAGACUUCACUCGUAACAAUUGACACACUGUCUAACACGGUUCAUCCGUUAAUCUCGGGUGCUGAUUUCUAUGCCGCACCAGCGUUCAAUCCUGAAGGAACUCGACUUGCCUGGGUCCAGUGGGAUCACCCAGACAUGCCCUGGGAUGGCUCCCAAGUACACGUCGCGGAUGUUAUCGCCGAAGGAGACGCCCUUGCUUUACAGAACGUGAAGAAAAUCAAGGGAGAGUGGAAGGAAGAGAGUGCAGUCCAGCCAAGAUGGGUCGGAAAAAGCAAACUGCUAUUCUUCUCUGACAAGUCGGGAUUCCAAAAUCCAUGGAUCGUCAAUGUUGCAGAGUCUUCGUCCGAACCCCGUCCUGUCCUUCCUACUCCUCUUAAGCAAGAUUUCGCGGAGCCGGAUUGGUCUCUCGGCGCUACAUCCUCUGCAAUUUUAUCAGAGAACGCGGCAGCCUGCAUCGCUCUUCGAGACGGACGUUCUAUUUUAUACGUCCUUGACCUCAGGAACGGGACUGUCCAGGAAAUUCCUACUCCUUAUACUGUCAUGAAGAAUAUCAGACGCACGGGUCCUCAUUCUGCGGUAUUCCUUGCAAGUAAGACUGACACGCCCAUGGAGAUUGUUCAUGUCGAGCAGGAUGAGUCUGGAGAAACGAAGUUCAGUACACUCGUGGGCGGGGAUUCCAGUGAUGCUGAUGCAGAGAAAGUUGAUAAGACGUUUUUCUCUGCACCUCGUCCACUAACGUUUAAAGGACGUGAAGGGUUUCCGUUGUACGUUAUCUUCUACCCACCAACGAACCCGAACUUCACUGGACCGAAUGGUGAACGGCCACCAUGUAUCGUUUCUGCACACGGAGGACCGACUGGUAUGACCAACCAGGCAUUCAGUCUCAAGAAGCAGUACUUUACGAGUCGCGGAUUUGCAUGGGUCGAUGUUAAUUACGGCGGGUCGUCUGGAUACGGACGAGAAUACAUUCAACGACUUGACGGUAAUUGGGGCCUCAUCGACGUAACCGACUGCGUCGAUGCCGCCCGUGCACUCGCUUCUCCAGAAUUCGGCGAAAUUGAUCCUGCACGGGUAUUCAUCACAGGUGGCUCUGCAGGCGGCUACACUGUCCUGCAAUCCCUCUGCUCCGCUUCCACAGGUGUCUUCGCAGCAGGCACAUCAAGCUACGGUAUCUCGAACCUCUUCACACUCGCAGAGGAUACGCAUAAGUUCGAGUCGAAAUAUGGAGAUAAGUUGCUCGGUGGACCUGCAGAUAAGAUCCCGCAUGUUUUGAGAGCGAGGAGUCCAGUGUUUCACGCGCAGAAAAUCAAGGUUCCGCUUCUUAUACUACAAGGAUCGGAGGAUAAAGUCGUCCCACCUUCUCAGGCGGAAGAGAUGCUGAAGGUUAUUCGUGAGCGUGGUGGUCGUGUCGAAUACACGCUCUUUGAAGGAGAAGGACAUGGCUGGCGAAAAGCGGAAACAAUCAUUGCCGCACUUGAGAGAGAGCUGGACUUUUAUCUGGAUGUUCUUGGAUUAAAGACAAAGGAAAGUUCAUAAGGCUAAGGACUAGAGGAAAGGAGUAAUUUGUUUGUAUUAUACGUAAGAGAAAUGGAUC